UAAAAGUCCUUAAGACCUGAGCUUUAUCUUGAGAUCCACAAAGUGGAAAGAAAGAAUAGAAAUCAGAAAGUUGUUUUCUGACCUCAACACACACACACACUAGCGCGCUAACAAAUAAAACAAGAUAAAUAUUGAUGAUUGUAUAGAAAUCAAAAUAAUUUAAAUAAUAGUGAGCGGGUCGACAACUAAAGCUGUUCCAACUAACUGCCUAGCGGGAGGAGCGUCUGUCAACCACCCUACCCCGCCUCCCCCUGCUUCGUAGCCAGAUGGGACGUUCCGGAAGUUAAUCAGGCCGGCACCAGCACGUGACCUGGGAGGAGCCAUGGUCCUACACGUGCGCCUGUGACGCCAUCUCGGCGCGACUCUUCAUUUCCUUAGAGUUCUCUGGCUGCUCCGCUUGAGCAAUGCCGAAAGUCGUUUCCCGGUCGGUGGUCUGCUCUGACACCCGGGAUCGCGAGGAAUAUGAUGACGGCGAGAAGCCCCUCCAUGUCUACUACUGUUUGUGCGGCCAGAUGGUCCUGGUGCUGGAUUGUCAAUUAGAGAAAUUGCCUAUGAGGCCUCGGGACCGGUCUCGCGUGAUUGAUGCUGCCAAACACGCUCAUAAGUUUUGUAACACCGAAGAUGAGGAGACUACCUAUCUUCGGAGGCCUGAGGGCAUUGAACGUCAAUACAGAAAGAAGUGUGCAAAGUGUGGGCUUCCGCUCUUCUACCAGUCCCAGCCGAAGAAUGCGCCUGUGACGUUCAUCGUGGAUGGAGCAGUAGUGAAAUUUGGUCAAGGCUUUGGGAAAACCAAUAUAUAUACUCAGAAGCAAGAGCCUCCUAAGAAGGUGAUGAUGACCAAACGGACUAAAGACAUGGGCAAGUUCAGCUCUGUUACUGUCUCUACCAUUGAUGAGGAAGAAGAAGAGAUAGAGGCUAGGGAAGUUGCCGACUCCUAUGCACAGAAUGCCAAAGUGAUUGAAAAACAGCUGGAGCGCAAAGGCAUGAGCAAGAGGCGACUGCAAGAGCUGGCUGAAUUGGAAGCCAAGAAAGCAAAAAUGAAAGGGACUCUGAUCGACAACCAGUUCAAAUAAUUCAGAUCUUUCUGAGUUGAGACUGGAGGCCGGCACUUAAAUCAAGACGAAAGAGCUUCUUGAUUUCAUGGUCUUGUUUCUAUGUCCCAGGAAGAAUCUUUCUGACCAUCCCAUUGAGUUUCCUGAAUUGCUGUUCUUGUCUUUCACUAAAUUCCUUGACUCUAUUUCACUUGCUUUCUAGGAGGUAGAUUGUUUUCAAAAUCUUUGUAUAAGUAAGUUUUCUGUCUUACUUGUCUUUGAGACAAGUUCCUGGUACACACUGGAGGACGGCCCUGAACCUAUAAUCCUCCCGUCUUAGCCCCUCCAGUGCUGUAACUGCAGGAAUGCACCACCGUGCCUGGCUUCCCUGUCAGUCCUCUUCUGUAAUAUCUUUAGGGCUAGAUAAGUCUCUAGUUUCUAAGGUUGAUGGUUUUUUAUGUCUUCUUCAAAGCUAAUAACUGUUUUAAAUUUUUUGAAAAAAAUAUGGUAUGGGAGGAAAGUUGGAGGAAUUAAAAUUAAUUCCUUCUAAUUCUUAAAAGGUGGAUCCUUUUAAGAGAUUCUGUCUCUGAUCUUUGAACUGCCCUUAGAAUUAACUAGGGUUUGAAUCAUUCUCUUGUCGGUAGAAAUCAGUUAGAAACCCGAAUCUGCAGAAAUAUUUCUUUACUUAAAAAUAAUAGAGUUAUAUGUGAGCCAUGCCAUAUGAAACUACAGAAUUAAAGAAGGAAAAGCCAUGUGGCUGGGGGUGUAGCUCAGUAAUGGAGUACAUGCUAGGCAUGUGUGAGGACAUCCCCAGCACCAAAAACAAAAAAAGAGAAAGAGCCAGAUUGCAGAUGCAGGGGUAGGGUAGCUCAGGUCUGAAUGAAAAUAUGGCCUUGCUAAGUAACCCAAAGGAGCUAGUCAGUCAGCUGGGAGAAUUACUGUGUGAGUACACAGGAGGGGGCGUAGUGAGAGUAGAUUAUCUGUUGGGUGUCUUGUUUUCCAGUUGCUAUUUGCAGAAGCCUGUUUGAAGUAUGUCAUUCCUUCAGUGAUGUCAGUAUCCACGUGGUUCUUCCCGUAUUCCUUUCUGUUUGCCUGUAUUGCAAGGCGUGAGGAAACAUGGAGUGUGUUGCCCUCCUGGUGUUAUCUCUGACCAAUUGCACUUUUAAGACUUGUUUGUGAGGUGCUGCCAGGAAGUCAUUUUCUUUGCCUUUUCUGAUUUCAUUACUUGCAGGGAAAAGUAGGCUAGAGUGGAGGUACAG